AUGGCAGGAAAAGGUCCUGGACAGUCAUAUUUUGUGUGGGUUUGUUUCCAGGAGCAUCUAGUGGAGCAACUAUGCCUGUAUAAUGACGUCAGUGAGGCUUUGAAGUGGGCGGAUUGCUACAGCCUAGAUGACUCUGUGAUACCACACACUGUCAGAAGUGCCAGGGAGAAAAUUAAGAGCCGCCCAGACUCCCAGCAACACCAAAGUCCAACAGUGGGGAUAACUGGAACAUCCACUGGUGUAACAUGGGGGAUGUCUGGAACUGCCAUGGCGUCUACGUUGGAGGUACCUGGAACAGCCAGCAGUGGAACGUGGGGUUUUCCUGGAACAGCCAGUGUGUCCGCGGAGGAUUGGGACAGUUUCUGCUUCACAGAAGAUGAAAUUAAAGCAGCUUAUCACCAGUUGAAGCUCAAGGAGUCCCCAGCAGUGUUCCUAGUAGAGAACGAUGCCAGUGACGUGGUCUACAGACCAGAGCCCGAGGGUCAGGGGGACGGGGAGGGGCAUGAGAGGGGACUCAGUGACGUUGUCAAGCGGUGCCUGGGGCGACCACUAGACAAGUCUGAGCAGAUGUCCAACUGGGAGCGCCGGCCAUUGAAAACUGAGCAAGUGAAAUAUGCAGCCCUAGAUGCAUACGUCCUACUAGAGUUGUAUGAUGUGCUGAUCAAGCUGGCUCAAGAUCAAGGUGAUGAUAUCGACCUUGAGCCCAGUAUCUCCAAGAAGUGGCUCAGACCUAGCAAUAACGAGAAGAAACGGGCGAAACAGAGGGGUGACCAUAGACAGAAACCUGCCAGAAAAUUGCCCACCAAGCCAAUUCCCUUUCCCGGUCAGCCCUGUUCCCCGGGGAUCUACGGGUUGUCGUGGAUACCAUGCUUCAAGGCCUGGGCAGACAGCUCCGCAGCUGUGGUGUCGAUGUUCACAUCAUGGACCCAUAUGUUGAACACUCUCAGGCCAUAGAGGUCAGUCACCGUGAGAACAGGGUCGUCCAAGUAGCCUUCCCUAUCACAUGUUAAGACUUAUAGCAGCCAAUGUAGGUCCAGACAUGUGUUACAAUGUCAUGUGUGACAAGGCCAAAGACCAGAUGGUGGAAGUGCUCAACCAUUUCAACGUGCAGGUCAGACAGUCGGACAUCUUCAGCAGAUGCCAGAUCUGCAAUGGAAAUGUGUAUGUUACCAUUCCAUCUGAGGAUAUGAAACUGCUGUCUCAAAGGAAGCUGCAGAUCAUCACCCACUCGGAGGCAUUGCACAGUUCAUCUGAACUAGGGCUGAAUGGUGGCCCAGAAAGCUCCUAAACAUAUGGAGUGGGUAGCCAGUCUAAUGAUUGCUCUGAGGAGAUGGUGUCCAUGUUCAUUGAGUACAACAUAGACUGGUGCACUGCCACUAUCCUGUCAAACUCUGCCUCAGUUCAAACAGAAACUGUGCCUACCAGUAUGUUUGACAAAGUGGAAAAGUUUUUCUGUUGUCAGCAGUGUGGAAAGGUGUUCUGGAAAGGAUCCCACUUUGAACGAGUUUGUGAACAGUUUUCACAUGUUCUUAAGACGGAAAAAGAUGAUACGACAAUUUAUGAUAAAUUGAAUGCAAACUUGGGAGUUAAUUCUUUGUAUAAACACUUUGUGUUCCAAAGCCAGUUGAAUUGAAGACACUAAUUAGUACAAAUUUCUAGUUUUUUAAUGAGUGCUACUUGUAAAUAUCACAUUACUUAACAUCUUACAAUUACACAAGUAAUGGACUUGCUUAAUGAAAUUCAGGGAAUUUAUGUAUGCAUCAAAUAUUUGUGCAAGUUUACAACAGCUAUUUUCUUCAUAAAACGUGUACAUUAUUCAUGAAUCGAUGUAAAUUUUAAAAUUGUUAUGUCCUGUUUUAAUGGUGUUUGAUUGACCACACCAAUACAAGCUAUACUGGUUGUCAAGUUCAAAAUGUGUAACAUACGUGUAUUAUUUUGAAAUCUAUGAUAUUUGUCUGUGUUUUUUGUUUUUGAAGAUCAAUAGUGUUCUCAUCAUUUCACGCCUUCAAUAAUGUUUUAUUUUCUCUGUGGUUUUAGUUGCAUAAACGAGGUUUCUUAACAUAAUAAGUUUUAAGUUUGAUUCUUAAGGUCAUAUAAUUUUAUUAAUAAAAUGUACAAUGA